AUGGAGAGCGCGCUCGGGUUCGGCGGCGGCGCGUCGUUCGAAGCCGCGGUGAGCGACGACGCCGCCGCGGUUUCGACGACGGCGGCGACGACGGCGGCGGGGGGUGAAAAGAAAUUCGCGCUGGACGAGAUGGACGUCGCCGCGUUCGGAGCCGACGCCGCCGCGAAGACGUCGUUCGACCCGACCGCGGCGACGUGCGACGAGGACGACCAGGAAGCGAUGGAGAGCGUCUUAAACCUCGCGGGCGGGAAGUCGUUCGAGGCGGCGGUGAACGAUUCCGAAGCGGCGCCCGCGGUUUCCGCGGCGGCGUUGUCCUUGGACCAGAUUGCGUUCGGAACCCCGCCGUCGGACGUCCCGUGGCGCGCGAGCCCCGACGGCGUCGACGACGUGGACGACGAGACGAUGCGCACGGACGACGAGGCGGAUCAGGAGGCGAUGGAGGACGUCCUCAACUUUGCCGCGUCGCACCCGUCGUGCCAAAUCGACCAAGCCGACGUCACCGCGCCGAAGACGCACGAGAAGCCCGUCAUCGCCAAGUCGCACAAGGCGGCCUUCUUCGACCUCGACGGCACGAUCGCGAACAGCAACGUCGUCGCGCAGUACGUCGUCGCGAAGUGCGACCAGAUGACCACGUUCUGGAAGUUUCUGUGGCUCCCGUUGUACGCGUUGAAGUGCGCGUUUUACCUGGUCGUCGACUGGCUCAGCCGUUCGACGUUUAACGCGCUGUUCGCGAGAGACUUUCGCGGGAUGUCCGCGACGCGCGCGUCGAAGAAGAAGAUGGCGCAGAUCGUUUACGACAAGUACAUGCACGACAGGGUGUUCCCGAACGCCGUCGCGCACGUGAACGCGCUCAAGGAGGAGGACUACAAGAUCGUCCUCGUCACCGGGUCGCUGGAUUUCAUGAUCGAACCGCUCGCGCGCGUGCUCAGAGCCGACCACGUCAUCGCGAACUCGCUCGAGGAGACGGAGGGGCGGUACGGCAAAGGGACGGUGUUCACCGGGAAGUUGAAGGGAACCCCCGUCGCGGAUGAAGAAAAACGCGUCCGAGUGAUGCGUUACGCGGAGCAGCACGGGAUCGAUCUGGCGCGGUCCAAGGCGUACGGGGACUCGUUGUCGGACGCGGCGAUGUUGGAAUGCGUCGGCGAAGCCGCGGUGGUGAGUCCGAGCAGCGCGGGGAUGCGACGACGCGCGGAGGAGGAAGGGUGGGAGGUGCUCGGGUGGAGGGAGGAGCACGAGAGGGCGGGCGGCGCCCUCGCGGGGAGGGCGGGCGCCGCCGCGUGAGGAUGACACGACGACGUGAAAGAUGAAAAUACUUCUCAGAC